CAACAAAAAAAAUUUUUUAUUUAAAUUAAAAAAUUUUAAUUUUACUGGUUCAUUAACAUCACCAAUAUUUAAUUAUAACAAAUAUUUUUCAAAUAAUAAUAUAUAUAUAAAUAAUACAAAUAAUAGUUUAGUUUAUAAAAAGAAUUUUUUUUCAUCCCUAAAGACAAAUAUGAGUGAUAUUACACCAGAAAUUAUUGAAAGCCAUACAGUUUCAAGAGAAACACCUGUUUAUAAGUUAGAUGCCACUGAAGCAUUUAAGAAAUUAACAGAAAAAGAAAAAUUAUAUUCCCAUUACCUCAGCCAAGCAUGUUGGUGGGGUUCAAAGAUUUGUCUUGGUCAAACCUCAGUAGAGUCAGCUCCAAUCUUCCAUCUCCUCCAAAAUAUUUUCUCAUUAUCAACUUUCAAAGCUUUAAGAGAAAAACUUGUUCCAUCAGUUGUCUCUGAAGUCGAAUAUAAUGAUCUUUUGUUAUAUGCUGCCACAUUUUAUGGUAAUAUGGGUAACUACUUAUCAUUUGGUGAUAGUAAAUUUAUUCCAAGAAUUCCAAAAGAGAAAUUUGAAAAAAUUAUUAAAACUAUUAAUAAUGAAACAAUUAGUAAAUAUUGGAGCCAAUGUGGUGAAUUAAUGUAUUCAUUAGAAAAAAACCAAAGAGAGCUUGGUGUUGAUGGUAAUGGUAUUUCAACUUACUAUUCACCAAAUAUUACCAAAGUUGAAAUUGAAAAAGUUCAAAAGUUUUUAGAUUCAAUCCAUCUCAGCCCAUACAACACUCGUUUAUUCAAAGUUUCUGAAAACAAUUACAAUGUUUUAGUUGCUAGUGUUAAUACAAUCCCAGUUAAAAGUCAUCAAUAUGAAGGUUAUACAAUUAAUAUUGUAUAUGGUGACUGGAGCAAAGAUCUUGCAAGAGUUGCUGAUAACAUGAGAAAAGCUAUUCCAUAUGCCGCCAAUGAUAACCAAGUAAAUAUGUUAAAGAAAUAUGUUGAACACUUUGAAGAUGGUUCAAUUGAAGUUUUCAAAGAUUCACAAAGAUGGUGGAUUAAAGAUUUACAACCAACUGUCGAAACCAAUAUUGGCUUUAUUGAAACUUAUAGAGAUCCAGCUGGUGUUAGAGGUGAAUUUGAAGGUUUUGUUGCUAUGGUUAAUAAAGAAAUGAGUCAAAAAUUAACCACUUUAAUUGACAAAGCUGAAUAUUUCCUUGCUAAAUAUCCAUGGCCAAAAGAAUUUGAAAAAGCUAAAUUUAACAGACCAGAUUUUACAAGUUUAGAGGUUUUAACUUUUGCUUCAUCAGGUGUACCAGCUGGUAUUAAUAUUCCAAACGAUAUGGGUAUUCGUCAAAACGAAGGUUUUAAGAAUGUUAGUUUAGGUAAUGUUAUUUCAGCCAGAAAAGAUGAAUAUGUUACUUUUAUUCCAGAUGAAGAUCAAAAGAUGUACAAUAAAUUACAAAAUGAUGCAUUUGAAGUCCAAGUUGCUAUUCACGAAUUAUUAGGUCAUGGUUCAGGUAGAAUUUUCCACAAGAAUGCUGAUGGUACCUACGAUUUUGAUACAUCAAUUAUUAAUCCAAUUACCGGCAAACCAAUUGAUUUAGACCAUGAAGUUUAUAAAACUGGUGAAACUUAUGAUAGUGUUUUCAAAUCAUUAGGUUCAAGUUGGGAAGAAUGUCGUGCCGAAUGUUGUGGUAUGUACUUAUCACCAGAUUUAUCACUCUUAGAAUUAUUUGGUUUCAAGGGUCAAGAAGCUGAAGAUGUAUAUUACAUUAAUUGGUUAAUUAUGGCCAGAGCUGGUAUUUGUGCUUUAGAAUUUUAUACACCAGAAUUAAAGAAAUGGAGACAAGCUCAUAUGCAAGGUCGUUUCGCCAUUCUCCAAGUUUUCCUUCGUUCAGGUCUUGUUAAACUCGAAGUUACCGAUGAUAAUGUCCUCGUUCGUCUCGAUAGAGCUCAAAUUAGAUCAAAAGGUUUACCAGGUGUCGGUGAAUUCUUAAAGAUCUUAAAUAUUUACAAAGCAACCGCUAAUGUCAAAGCUGCCACAGCCUUAUUUGAUGAUUACACCAGUGUUGAUGCUCAAUUUAUCAAGAUUAGAGAUAUUGUUUUAGCCAAAAAGAAACCAAGAAGAGUCUUUGUUCAAUCACAUACUCAUUUAAAUGUCAACAACCAAGUUUACAUUCAAGAUUUCGCUGAUAAUGCUGAGGGUGUUAUCGAGUCAAUGAUUACUCGUUUCGGUACUGAAGAAUAGAUUGUUUUAUUAAAUCAUAAAAAAAUAAUAUUAAAUAAAUAAUAUUUUUUUUAUAUAUAAUAU